AUGGCGCCGACGAUAGCGUCCCGGGUCGAGCGGCGAUGGCGCUCCAGCCCGGGGGUUGUCAAAGCGUUCAUCGAGCAGCGCGACGUCCGAGCGGUCGACAACGCGGCGGCCGCGCGGGCGCCCGUCGGCGCCUCCGCAUUCGAGGGAAAUGUCGUGGGAACUCGGCGCGAGAGGCUCGACGACGAGGACGUCGAGAUACUGGCGCGCAGAGCGACGGAGGUCGUCCCGGACAUCUCCGCGCUCGUGAGCGUCACGACGGUGGUCAAAGUCAAGGAGUGCGUCCGGCGAUGGCGCGCCAGGGUUCGGUCCUCGCUUCCCACCCCGGAGCGCAAGACGGUCACGCGCAUGGCCCGAACGCGCGAGGACGACGCCACGGUGACGCUGUGCGAAGAGACGGUGGCGCGCGCGAUGAAGGAUCCCGCCGCGGUGCGAUGCCCGCACCUGCUCGCCGCCGACGACGACACCGGCGGGUUCUGGCGUUCCGACGACGACGGCGCGCGGUUCGUCAAGCCGCGCUCGGUACGAACCGUCCGCGUCAACGCCCCGGGCACGCCAUUCCUCGCCAAGCACGUCCAGUGCGACAGGUGCCACGCGGCGAUGCAGGCGCUGGCGGUGCGAAGCGUCGCGGUGUGUCCCGCGUGCGACGCGUCGGUCCCGCGCCACGUCAUGGCGAGGUACGCGCACGACUGGGACGGAGACCCGUCGAAAUUAACACAGCUGUGCCUCUUUUGCGACAAGCUCAACCAGCGAGUCGCGCGGGAAGCGGAGGAACGGUUCCGUCCCGGCGAUCGCGCCCGCGCCGCGUCCAGGGCGUGCAUCGAACCGUCGUGCGGGUACCUCGCCGUGGACGACGUCCCGUUCAUCGAGACGAUCCUGCACAGGAACGUCGCGAGUCGGUGGGAUCCGAUCACAAACGAAAACGUAUCCGUCGAAAAGGAGAGGCGCACUCGCGUGGGCGUCUACACCGUGCGUAAAUCAUCCAAGCCGGACGAAGGCGUGAGCGAUUCCCCGUUAAUUAACGACGUCGUCGCGCACGAGUGGGAGUUUACGCGGCAGGGGUACGCGCACGGUUUGAGGGGCGACGCGCCGGAGACCGAACGCGGCUUCCUCGCCAUCGGCGAUCCGCCUCCGAUCGUCGACGAAACGUUUCCCCGAAUCGGCCAAACGCGCCUGACGCCCAACCUGAUGAAAAAGACGUACGCGGGGCGCAGGAAAGAGGUUCGGCCGCCCCGAAUCGUGGUGCAAUAG